AAGGUUUUAUUUCGGUUUCAUGGUUUAUCAUGGCGUCCCUAACAAUCAAUGUCGAUGCAUUACGGGCCUUUCGAAUGUAAAGUUGUUCCCAGGACAGUUGUGAAAAUUACCGAGUAAGAUCAGCCCUUUUACGUUCUAUUUCCACAGAAAAGGUUUUAUUUAUACAUACUCAUAAAUUCCUCCCCUUCGUGAACUCUCUUUACUUCCGGUCGAAAGGCUUUUCGGGAAAUAUCGUUUCGAAUGUCAACAAAUCAGCCAGACCCUCGAUUUCCGAUUAGUCGGUGUGCUCAACAGACUUUGAUUUAAACCUAGUUCUCAUAGUAUUACAAAGUAGGAAAAACACUUAUCAAGCAUGUCUCUCUUGGUUAUAAAAAGUUCCAGUGAUCUUGGUCAACUCGGAGAACAAGAGCUUGAAGAAUUAUACACAUGGGUCGACAGCAUUCCUCUCUCAAGACCGAAGCGUAAUAUUACUCGCGAUUUUUCGGAUGGAGUGAUGGUGGCAGAAGUAGUAAGCCAUUUUUUACCAAAAUUGAUAGAAAUUCACAACUACAGCCCAGCCAAUGCUACACCACAAAAAAUGCAAAACUGGUUCCUUUUGAACAGAAAAGUAUUUAAGAAGCUCCGGUUUGAACUUUCUGAAGAUAUCCUUCGAGGCAUUUCAAACUGUAAACCAGGUGUCAUUGAGGGUGUCCUUGCUAUGUUGCGCACCAGAAUGGAGCGUGUUGUAUGGGAAACCCAACAGAAGGUAGACAGACAGGCAGCAGAAAAUGAGAGACCAGAGGCAGACCAGAAUUCUUUCAGAUCUCAGAGAAAGGAUGUGACUGGUCUAAACUACAUGAAUCCCCAGACCAAGUCAAAAUCUGACCAAGUUCCACUGCUUCUUUUAGAAGAAAAAGAACAGGAGAUCCUAGCCAAGGAUGAGACCAUUCAGAUUUUGAAUGCUAAGAUCAAACGCAUGGAGCACUUGCUGCAUCUUAAGGAUAUUCGAAUUGAAGACCUGCAGGCACGCCUUGAAGUAUCUCGCCCUACAGGAAAGAGGCACCAGAAACAUACAACAGCCAUAGUGAGGGCUUUUAUGAUGUUUUAUAUUUUCCUGUCAGUGAUGUGGUUGAUUCAUUUGUUUGCAUGACGCUGAGAGCCCAGUUCACCAAAAAUAUUCUCUACUCUCAGCUUUGAAGCCUUUAAAAGUUUAUUGAAAACAAAACUUCGAAGUGUUUGACUAACCUUUCUCCAACUCUCUUGGACUACAAGAUCUUACUUUCUUUGUUUUUUUGUUUUUGCUAUUUUAAUGUAUCUCUGUAUAUUUGUUUAUACAUCAGUUUAGCAUAUGUGCUAUGUUAAGUUUGAGCCUGCAUUUAUAUAGUUGUGUUUUACUUUUCUGUUUCUGUUUUAAUUUUAUUUCACUAUGCAGUGCAUUGAAUCUAAAGUGGGAAGAUAACACUAUAAAAAUCUUCAUUUCCCAAACUAUUUUAUUAUUAUUUUAUGUUACCAUGGCAGAGGUCUGAAAAUGGACUAGAAAUUCUUUACACCAUCCGUGCGCCUUCAUAGAACACUCUUUCUGUGAGGCCGCUUUAUUUUAUUUCAAUAAUUUUUUUUAAAAAGUAAAUAUCUGUUGUUCUAAUCUUUUAUUCAUGUUUCCAGCUGGGAAUUUGGGUAAGACUGAUUGUUCAAUGUUUUGGAAGAACAAUAUAUGUUGUUUUAAGAAUUCUGGCAAUAACAUGUAGGACAUUCCUAAUAACAAAACUAAAAUUUUGUUAUUAAAAUUGCAGAAUUUUUGGUUUAUCAGCAUUAUAUGAUCGUAAAGUUUGUUGUGAAUCAUGUUAUUUAUUAAAAAUGUAUUCUGCAAUUCUUCAUAGAUUAUUUUUUGUUAGAUUUUGGUUUCAAAAGAUUUAAAGUGUGUAAUAUAUAUAUUCCGAAAACUUAAUUUUUUUAACGCAAAUGACAUGGAAAUAACAGUUGGCUUCUUUUUUUAAAGAAAAUCAAUAUUAUUGCAUUGAUCAGAAAGUCAACAAGAAUGCUAAUAGACUUCAAUAUUUUGUUGUUUGGGAACACAAAAUUAUGCUUCCUAAUCUUUUAAAAUGAAAGCUAAAAAAAUUCUUGGAUAUGACGCAAAAUUGUCAAGUUUUCCUAUGUUCUAUAGCUGGACUGAUCAAUAUAGAUAUGCAAGCUCAGCAGCCUAUUUUAAACAGAGCCAUGCAAAUGCAAAUAAGUUUAGCCACCAUUUUACUCAUCUAAAAUGGCUGCAUGGCAAUACACAUGUACUUUACAAUGGCGAAUAAACGUGAUUUUUUUUCUUUAAACAAUCUUUUAAAAUUUAAAUUAAAGAAUUUGUCAUUACUUUAUUGUGGACUUGUAUUUUUGACCUUUUUUUUUUUUUUAGCCUAUUAUUAUUACAGGCAGAUUGAGGUGUUACUGAUCAUUUAGCUUGAAGCACAUCAUACUACAGCAGCACACUAAUACCACUUUCAUCAUUUGUGAAAUCAACUUUAAAACAAUGUUGAAAAAUGUGCUAUAUCGUUUGAACAACAUAUGGAUCUUUUGGUCUGCGAUGAUAUGACUUUUUGGUGUUGGGAUGAAAUGUACAUAGCAGGGACAAUUUGACUUGGGCUGUAGGGCAAAAUGACAGUUUAGGAACUUCAGCCAAUGGUCAGUCUAUAGUGAGAGUCAACCCUGUAGUAAAAAGGCAUAUCAGUCAGGCUCUUUUCUGCAUGUCAUUCCCCACAUUUCAGAUGUUGAAUAUGGUGCUACCAGCAUUUUUCAGAAAAAAAGAGCCAUGCGCACUUGUUUAACUACGAAUUUGUAUUACCUACACACAUCUGUGGUUUAACCAAACCAAAGUGGGUAUACGAGAACUGAAGAGAUAGAAGAGUACACUCUGUAUCAUUAUUCUAACAUGCAAAGAAAAUAUGAACAUAUGUUACUUGCAUGUAUUUGACAGAUUGGAGACUAGACGACCAAAGGACAGGCAGCUGAGUCAGCGUUUAAAGCAUUGGUUGAACAACUAGAGGAAAGAAAAUUAUGUAUUUAAAUAUUUUUCACCAUUGAGUCAUAUUUAUUGUUCUAGCAAGAAGCUUUUGGUUACAGGCUAAAAGAUGUCUUGUCAUAUACAUUUAAGCAUUAACUGUAUUUGUUUUACCUGUGCUUUAUUAGAAAACAAAUUGCUUUUCAAACUGCUUUUAGAAUGAAGAUGGUUGUAUAUUGACAUUUGAUACUUAUAUGUAAGAUAAAGAUACAAAACUUCAAAAUCUUUAUCAGUUCACAUUUAUUGGCUUGUUAGCAAUGGAAGCGUUACAUUGUCUUUUCUUAUGUGUGUGUUUUUGAGGAGAGAAGAGAGAGUGGGAUAUGGGUGCUAUGGAUACAGAUGGAAUGUGAUUGUAACUUAAAAGUUUAUAUUUAAAGUUGAUUAAUGCUCUAGAUAUGAUUAUUGUGAUGUACAUUGGAGGCCAACAAAUGUUGACCUGACAUCUUUAGUAUCUUUACAUGACACAUGUUAACUAGAUGGAGUAGUACAGAUUUUAAUUGAUCUUCAACUGUUUCACAAAUCACCUCUUAAGUAAAUUUUGUUCUGUAAAAAAUAAUAAGCAGUUUAAACAAAUUUGUUAAAGUACCAAUUUAAUGUGUUUCGUUUGGCGUGAAAUUAUAACAUUUCUUUUUGCUUUCAAUGUGUAGAAUCUGAAUUAAAAAAUACACCUCAGCGAGCCAUUCUAUGAAACUACAACACAUUUCAGAUGUGAAAAAUGAACCUUUAAAAUCAAUGCAUUACAUAUAUCUGAUUGUCUGUAUCUGUAACUAUCCAAAUAUUGGUUACAAAACAAACUUUCAUGAACACAUGAAAAAGACAAUAACAAGAAUUCUUUCUUGAGAACUAAAAAAAAAAAAA